AUGCUCUCCUUGGAUGCUUUUUAUAUAGUGAGUUUCCCCAUCCCACCCCUCAGUUCUAGUUCGCUUGACUUGAUUCUGGCUGCUGAGGCCAAGCAGAGUGCCACCCUUGGGGGGGGCGACUUCUCUUCUGCCCUUGACCCCUCCUGUCCCACACAGGUGCUGGGUUGCAUGUCCGACCUCCCAGACGCCAGCUGCCAGCGGCUCCUGGAGCAGCUGAUGGGUUUUUUCCGCUUCUACCACGGCCCCGUUUGCCAGGCCUACCAGGAACAAGCAAAGGAGGAGUUGGAUCAGGCUUGGGAGAGGACCACGGAGCACCUGCAGCGUAAAACCACCGACCUCCACCGGAUCUUCGGCUCCCUCUGGGCCUUGGAUAAAACCAAAGUCGACCCACUCCUGCUGCUGAAGGCUGCCCUCAUCCUCCAGACCUGUCAGCGGACUCCCCUCGUGCGGGCCGGCUGCAUCCUCUACCAGGGACGGAUUGUCAGCACUCAGCUCCCACCCAACCUGGCAGCCUGGGUUCUGCUGCAGGAGACCAAGCCAGACCCAGAGGGCGAGACGGAGGAGGUGGAGGAAGGGAGCCCCCCGGCGCCUCGAGCGGAGCCUCCUUUGCCUCAAGGGGUCCAGAUCUCCCCCGUUUAUCUCUUGGAAGAGGAAGCAGCCGCCCUCCGGGAUUCCCCUGUGGAGUGGAUGCCCAGGAGCAGCAACAGCAGUGCUCAGGGAGGCCCGGCUGGCAGCGAGGACGGCCCAGCCUGCCCAGCCUCGGCUGAGGACCAGCCAGGGGGGCCGGCGCUGGUGCAGAUGAUGCUGUACGUCCACCGGGUCCGGGGCUUGGCGCUUUCCCUGCUGGCGGAAGAGCACUUUGCAAAUGCCCGAGCCUCCAUCGAGGACGUGUAUCACAGCACCCUGGCUUCUCUGAAUGGCCUGGAGGUCCACCUGAAGGAGACCCUCCCGAAGGACGGCCCCUCCUCCACCAAGACCAGCUACACCUUCGCCCACUACGACUCCGUUCAGAACAUCCUCACCACCAACAUCCUGCUGACCACCAGCCCACAAGACCGGCCUUUCCUCAGGGCGGCCAGCCUGGUCCACACCACCUUGGAGCAGCUGCCCAGCGCUUCGGAAAUGACCGUCAGGAACGCUGCCACGGCCGUCUACGCCUGCCGGAACCCCGUCCAGGAGACCUACUUCCAGCAGGGGGGCUCCCCGCUCCGCCACUCGGGCGUCCCCAACCCGCACGACAGCGCCUUCGGACUGCCCGCCAAGGCCAAGCAGAAGCUGCUGAAGCACGGGGUGAACCUCCUCUGAGCCGGAGAAUGGGUGGGCGCCCCCCCCCCGGAGGAGAAGGGUUUCCAGUCACAAAAGGUCACCAGCCCUCCGGGACCCUCCGGUGUUGCCCACAAGAGCUUUGGGUGUUUUUCGCGGAGGGGGUCUUUUGGACGCGUUGAGUCCUCCUCUCUCCCCCCCAGCUCCAAAGAGCCCUCUCCCCUCCUGCCACCGGGCACCCCUGCGCUGCCGCUGUGUGCCUUGAAGUGGACCCCCCCCCACA